UGGCCUUGCUUGGGUCAGACAAGGCCUCCUAAUUAUUUUACACCGGUUGACGGUGUUUUAUUAAAAGCUGUAUGUGGCUGUUGGGCAUGUGCUGCUUUAAAGAUCUCUGCAAUUAUUUUAUAUAUAUUGCCCUUUUCUAUAAAAUCCGGGCUAACUGGCUUAAGAAAUUAAAAUGACAAAUCUGGGUCAGGAUUUAAAGCAGUCUCCUUUAAAAAACCCGUUUGCAUUAGUAAAUGCUAUUUUUAGUUUUUUAUUUUUCAAUAUCACCGCUGCGUACUUGUGUUGCCACGGGAAGGAGCAGGUCCGUGUGUUUUAGCAGGAGCGCGUGAGCCCGGAGGCCCCGCGCGGUCCCCGUACAGCUCCCUGAGCCUUACCAAAGGCUUGGCAAUGCCACGGUGCCCUUCUUGUGAGGCGAAAAGCAGGCGACCGGUUGAAGCGUGUGUCAUAGGUGUUGACGGAGCUGUGCUGCAGCCUCCGCCCUGCGCCGGCGUGCCGGGUGCGUGCUGUCAAACCAGCUCCCGACCCGGCGGUGGCCGAGGCGAGGUAGAGGGGCACCGGCGCAGUUACUGCUUGGCAUGGUCCUCUUGUCCUGCCCAAAGUACUUGUGCUCAGCAGCGGCCUUCCGCCAUCACUUGACACUCCUCACGAUACGUGGGGUCUGGCGGUGUUACCUUCAAUGGAGGUGGUGUUGCGGUACGUCUUGCUCAAAUGCACUUGAGUGCUCGCAGGAUCUAUUAACAAUGGCAAAUCUUCAUCUCCGGGGUCUCAAUUUAAAUCUGCAUUUACGAAACCACAGAAGAGCUUUCAGCAAGUCACUGCCUGCAUGUCGAAGGAAAGUAGUUGUUACAGGUAUUGGCUUAGUGUCCCCUCUUGGUGUGGGGACUCAGUUUGUGUGGAAGCGCCUUCUCCAAGGAGACAGUGGGAUUGCAUCGCUAGACGGGGAAGAAUAUGCAGGUGUCCCAUGUAAAGUGGCUGCUUGUGUGCCAAGGGGAAACAAGGAGGGUCAGUUCAGUGAAGAAAGCUUUGUGUCAAAGUCAGAGAUCAAAUCCAUGAGUUCUGCCACUGUGAUGGCCAUCGGUGCAGCAGAGCUAGCAAUGAAGGACUCUGGCUGGUCUCCCCAGUCUGAACAGGAUCGCUUAAGUGCCGGUGUGGCAAUUGGGAUGGGAAUGGUUCCACUGGAAGAGAUUUCUGAUACAGCUGCUUUAUUUAAAACAAAGGGUUAUAACAAGGUCAGCCCGUUCUUUGUCCCAAAGAUUUUAGUCAAUAUGGCAGCAGGCCAGAUCAGCAUUAAAUACCAACUGAAAGGGCCGAAUCAUGCUGUGUCAACUGCUUGUACCACAGGCGCACAUGCUGUUGGAGACUCCUUUAGAUUUAUCGCCGCUGGUGAUGCUGAUGUCAUGUUGGCUGGAGGGACUGAGGCUUGCAUUAGUCCUUUGUCCUUGGCUGGAUUUGCAAGAGCUCGGGCCCUCAGCACGAGUUUUAACUCAAGCCCUAAAAUGGCAUGUCGACCGUUUGAUUCGCAGAGAGAAGGGUUUGUAAUGGGAGAGGGUGCUGCUGUGCUGAUCUUGGAAGAGUAUGAACACGCUGUACAAAGAGGUGCUAGGAUCUAUGCAGAAGUUUUAGGUUAUGGACUUUCUGGUGAUGCUUGCCACAUAACAGCACCUAAUCCAGAGGGAGAUGGUGCAUUCAGGUGUAUGUCUGCAGCGAUAAAAGAUUCUGGGAUCAAACCUGAAGACAUAACAUAUGUCAAUGCACAUGCAACUUCUACCCCUCUAGGAGAUGCUGCUGAGAAUCAAGCAAUCAAGAGACUUUUUAAAGAUCACUCAUGUAAUAUUGCAGUUUCCUCAACAAAAGGAGCAACAGGACAUCUCUUAGGGGCUGCAGGAGCUAUUGAAGCAGCUUUCACAGCACUGUCCUGUUACCAUGGGAUUUUGCCACCUACUCUAAACUUAGAGAAAACAGAGGCAGAGUUUGAUCUCAACUACGUCCCGUUAACGGCUCAGGAGUGGAAAACUGAAAAACGGCGUAUAGCACUCACAAAUUCAUUUGGCUUUGGUGGUACUAAUGCAACUUUGUGCUUUGCAAGUGUUUAACUUACGCUGUGCAUGUUAUGAAAAAAAGGCACUGACAAUGAUUUUCUGUACUGCCACCCUUGGUGUGUACUAUGAUCUUUUCUCAGCUUUGAGAAUUGCUCUCUUGAUCUGCAAGAACUUUAUUCACCCGAACAUUUACAUCAGUAAUUCUUUUAGAAAGAGGGAACAUCUUUUACUCAUUUUAGUAAAAAUAAAUAAAAGACCUA